CUCUUUCCUAAAAGUAUGUCAGCGAAUUGCUAUAAAAAUACCUACAAAAUGAUAAUUGUGUCAAUUAUUUUAUUAUUAGCAAUUAUUCCAAAUUCGAUUACUGUUGAAAUAGCAGAUGUAGAAACUUCAUUGAGUAAAGUUUUAAAUUUCAUUGAUGAACAAGUUGAUCAGUUUGGACUUGAUGGCAUUUUCGGUGUUGUUAUAGCUCAAUCACAAAUGAUAAAAAUUCUAAACUUACCAGUUCCAUACAUCAUUCUAUCGGACAUUAGAAACCUUAUAACAAAAUGUCAACUUAUAUUGGAAAACUCAAAAAAGUUUCUUCCUAUAUAUCCUUCAUAUAUGUUGACCUUUAAAAUCAGACUUUUGAAUUCGAAAAAUUGGAUACGUAGUUUACCAGACAAUAUAACAUUUGGAGACAUCCCUAAUACUGGUUUUUUACAAAAAUUGGACAUCGGAAAUAAUUCUGAGUAACAAAAAAGCUGAAUUUAGGGGUGUAAAAUCAGAUGUCUGUUUAAAAGAACUACUAGAAUAUUCUACAAAUAAUGACGUAUGUUUUCUAAGUAAAUUUUGCCAGGAAAUGAUGCUAAACGUAUCUAGAAUAGAUUCUGGAUAUCUAUUAACCCAUAGGCUUCUUUACCUUCAAAUUAAAAGAUUGCAAGGUUGUAGAUUGCCUGGAGAUAUGACAGACACAAAAGGAUAUACAAAAUUGUUUUGCACAUACAUUUAUAAGGAAGCAAAGACUAGUGAAUACUUGGGUUAUCCGUAUCAUGAUAUUUUUUUGGAACAAGUUGUUUUGUGCGGCAUGGAAGGUUUUUCAGAAUUCCUGAAUGAAAAUUGGUUGGAGAAAAUUUUAAAAUGGCAAAAUCCCCAUGGAUGCUACGAAAGUGUUAAUAGAAAUGUAGAAAAAAGAACAAGUAGAG